ACAAUAAAUUAUAAAUCUACCAUUAUUGGAAUCAAAUCUUCAUGAAACAAUGGUUCAUUGAAAAUGUUUUAAAGUUAUUGAACAAAAAUGGUCAAAUGAAAUUUAAAUUAAGAAAAAUAUGCGAAAGACGAGGUAGAACUUUAUUCCUGUAUUCUCGCUACAAAAAAAAUAGAUAAUCUUAUUUAACAAGAAUUAGGCAGAUUAUGAUCAGUGACACUUCAAAGGACUACUAGUGUAGAUAAGUGAUUUAAUGAAUGUUAAUAUCCAUAUUGAUUGGGCUUGGAUCGCACUAAAUAUUAACCCAGGGUUUCUAGAGCCGCUAACAUUUUUUUUGCGCGCAAAUAUGGUUUUAAACAAUGUUCUCCUUCUGAAUGAAGUAGUUACAGAUUCGUACCAAGCAAGGUGUUUUCCAAAUUAGUCGUUAGUGAUUUAGAUAAUAGACAGUACACCGAUCCGACCCUUCUAGGUUCAUAUCAGAAAAAUCUACAAUUUCCGUUAGCACUUGCGUGGCGUGCUGCUCAUAUCGGAGUGUUGGUAUAAAAUGUCCAAUUUAGCAACGGCACACCUAAUAGUAUCUUAGUAGUACUGGCGGGGGCAUCAUGUCCUUUCAAAUAGUUUGCAUUUUGUUAGUUCUUAUUAUACUAAAUAUAUCACAUCUUGAAACUCGUAUGACCUUAGACGUUCAUGAGAAUUACAAGCAAUGUGAAAAUGGACUGCCGCUGCUCAGAAUUGACAAGGGUACGGCGAAUAUUUCUCCCGAUGAAAAUGACGAAUUAGUAAUGGAUGGAACAUUCAGCUUCGUCAGAGAUUUCUACAGUCCCGUUAUGGUUUCCUUCUCAACGGAGCGCUUCGAGCGAGGAGAAUGGAGAACAGGAAUUAUGUCAAGAUUCAUUCCGGAUAUAUGUAAAGUGUGGUUGAGUCCCCUGGAGUCGUGGUAUGUGCUUACCAAGGCUUUGAACAAAACCAACUGUCCUUAUCCGGCCGGUCACAACGAAACCUUCCACAGGCAUCCGUUGGGGAAUGUGGUGGUAUCUAUACCUUCUGAGCUGGCUGGAGAUUGGAAGUUUUUUUUUAAAUUUACAUUCACAAAACAUGGAAUACAGGAAAAUGAGUGUGUAAUGUACAAAGUUUCAAUACUAGAUGUAGACUAACCAACAAUGAAAUAUUGAUAACAAGCCGUAUUGAAUAA